UCGCUCUGAGAGACAAUUGUAGCGACAUGCACUGACGUAAUCAGUAACCAUUCACUGCACGCCAUCACAUAUAUAAAUUACAGAACAACUAGUAUACCUUCAUCAGUAUCAACACUGUCUCAGUCAAACUGCGUCAACAAGGUCAACGAAGAGGCAGACUUGUGUCAGUACACGAUGGACAAAGGUAGUUCAGAGUAUCUACUUCCAAAAAGGAAGGAAGGUAUCGUAGCCAUGGUUCCAUCGAGUUAUCAACACAAACUGUACAAGGUCAAAAAGAUGGUACUGAACCUGGCCCUUCAACGGGGAGGAAAACGAAAAAACCUCCGAACAUGGAUCAAGACGACUUUGAGCAAGAUUGAGAGACAAAUUGAAGAAGAACGUUGUCAUUACACAUCUUGUAACAUGUUCUUACGGAUGCCAAACUUAAGGGGACUUGCGGCCGUCAUAGUUGCAUUCCGUUUACUGUUCUCUGACGACGUGGAUGCCAACAUGUCCGAUGGUGUAGCAGCUGGGGUGCAGCUGUAUCCUUCGCUGUAAAUAUUGGCUUGUUACUCAGCCACCGCAAGCUGAGAUACGAAACCAAGAAGUGUAUCAAGAAUCUUAAUAAAAUGUGUAAAGAAAAUAAGAUUAGGCCAAGUAAGGCAGUUCUUGAGACAAUCACUUCCCUAUCCCUACGUGACAAAGAUUCAGUAUUGUCAUGUUUGAGAGAGUGUUGCAAAAUAUUGUAAAUGUUCUGAACGUUGUAAAAAGCUUCUCCCAGAUGACCAAUUUGAGCCCUUAUUACUUCACAUGCCGUUGUAACAAAACUACCUGUUGUCGUCAGCAAAACUACCUGUUGUUGUCAGCAAACUACCUGUCGUUGUCAGCAAACUACCUGUUGUCGUCAAUAGCAAACUACCUGUUGUCGUCAACCAGACUACCUGUUGUUGUCAACCAAGCUACCUGUUGUCGUCAGCAAACUACCUGUUGUUGCAAAAAUAUAUCUGCUCCUUGCUCACCUUCCUACUGACCUUUGAGUUCUUGGAGAGUACCUACACACAUGGUGUCUUCGGGUUAGGUGAUAUCCAACAAUGUCAAGGCCAUUAGUGAUCGUCUUCACCACACGAGGAUCACAUCAAAUUUUACAGUAUGAGUUUGAGAGAACCAAAUCUUAGAAAGUUUUGAUGUGGCAAUUGCAUUAGUAUCUCUUUUUGUUGUGUGUCGUCAAAACCAUUAACGAAUCGUACAAAAUGUUACAAAUUUUGUAAAGAGCAAAGGGAAAUAUAAAUGUUUGAAACGAUUUAAAACCGGAAAAACCCCUCAUAAUACACGUUUAAAGUCAGAUUAUAUUCAGCCUAGUGCUGAGACGUUAGAACAAUUGAGGCCUGGGAAAAUAUAUAUAUUUCAUCAUGGGUAAUUAGUAAGCGUUAAUGAAUAACACGAAUUAGUUCAUGAUGUAAAUAUCAAGACGUCCACUCCUGCCUUAUCUACGUAAAGUUUAUUGUUGUUUAAUUAUUUGUUUGUCAUUGUCAUUAAGUCCAUGCAUGUCAAUAUAACGAUAUAUAAAACUGGCACAAAUUAUGAGACACAAUUAAAAAAUCAAAACAUUUCUCCUGGAUUCUCUACUGAGUGUAACACAUUUGAUUUGUUCAAGUCCUGUCACGUAUGCUUAGUAAAGGAGGUCUAUUGUACGUCUAUGUGAGUGAGUGAGUAUAGCUUUACGCCGCUCUCAGCAAUAUUCCAGCUAUAUGGCGGCGGUCUGUAAAUAAUCGAGUCAGGACCAGACGGUCCAGUGAUCAACAGC